GCACACCCAAUACUCCUGUUAUCAGUUCACGGUGUCCUUAUCAAAAAUAUACCGUGUAGUGUGUACAGUACACUUUAUUGAAUAUCGAUACACCUACCUAGAAAUAAUUUAGGACUUGCCAGUUUCAUCAACAACCGUCGGACCUUGUACAGCGUUUAGAAUUUAUAUUAAUUUUGUAAUCUUUGUCACCUUUUAUUGUUUUGUCGACUGAUUUUCGACAUUCGAAGAGAAAGCCUGCGCUUGGGUAUUUGGGUUGAACUGUAGAGUUUGAAAUUUUUGUCAUUUUUCGUUUGCAUUAUGUCAACCGCACAAGGAUCAAAGUCCAAAAAACCGGCCGAUACGGCGUUCAAACAACAGCGUUUACCAGCUUGGCAACCUAUUCUUACGGCUCGCAAUGUAAUGCCGGUUUUUUUUGCGCUCGCCGCGGCAUUCAUACCGAUAGGUCUUGGGUUAUUGUACCUGUCCAAUAUUGUACAAGAGUAUAGUGUAGAUUAUACUCGCUGUUACUCAUCGAGUAACCCUACACAAACUUGUGCCGACUACAUUAACAACAAUAGAAGUUUGUCUUGUCAUUGUACAGUGCCAUUUACGUUGACAGAAGAUUUCUCCCCUAAUGUAUAUAUAUAUUAUGGCUUAACAAACUACUAUCAAAAUCAUAGACGUUACGUUAAAUCUAGAGAUGACUUCCAACUCCUAGGGAAACUAAGUAAUCCUCCAUCGAGUGAUUGUUUCCCUUAUGACUUUAACGGAAACAAACCCAUUGCGCCAUGUGGAGCAAUUGCGAACUCACUGUUUAAUGAUUCUUUGACAUUACAGUAUAGUGAUGCAAAUGUUCCGUUGCUUCGUACAGGAAUUGCUUGGCCGUCGGAUAAAAAUAUUAAAUACCAAAACCCGGCGGGAGAAUUAAAAAAUGCAUUUAAAGACUUUGCAAAACCAAUCAAUUGGCAAAAGAAUGUAUGGGAGUUGGAUUUAGAAAAUCCGUCGAACAACGGUUUUGAAAACGAAGACUUGAUUGUUUGGAUGCGUACAGCUGCGCUUCCUGACUUUCGUAAACUUUACCGGCGUGUCGAUCAUUCUGUUGAUAUGUUUUCAAACGGCUUGCCCAAAGGAAAUUACACGUUGUCCAUAGAAUAUAACUACCCCGUGGCCGGAUUUGGAGGUACCAAGAGCCUUAUAUUAUCCAACACAUCGUUUACCGGAGGAAAAAAUCAUUUCCUCGGAUACGCUUACAUAGUGGUUGGAUGUAUUUCCUUCUUCUUAGGACUGUUGUUCAUGUUGAUUCAUAUUAAGCACAAACCUAGUGGUAUUUCAGAAAACGUCGUUGUAGUCGAUCCGUCUACUUCGUACCAUUAACUCGACUCGGAAAAUUAAUUAGAGUUAAGUAUAUUCACAUAAUUAUUUCUACACACUGUCACGUUUAUUGUGCUAUGUUAGAAACAAUAACCAAUGAGCUUUACGGAACACAAUGUGAUAUGCAUUUUUAUAAAUCAUAUAUAUUCUAAUAGAUCACAUUCUUAUUUUCACUGUUGCAAUAAUAUGGCUUUGUAAAUCGAACAGUUUUAAUACUGUGUGUAAGAUUUACAGCGUUAGAGAAUAUAGUUUUAAACAUUUUGUAAUUUUAUAAUAAUUAUUUAUUUUUUUUAAUGAUGCUUACUUACAAACUUAUAAUACCAACGUUAACUAUUGCUAACCACGUAAACUAAAUAAUUUGUACGCUCAUCCUAUGUUAUCAAUGGUUAUUAUAUGUUUGUAAAAAUUUAGUAUAAUGUUAUAUUAUUGGGCUAAAAGAUAGUAUGGUAUAGUAUAUAUAUUUUUUUUAUAUCACCGACGCCACGUUAACCCGCCCGGGGAUCUCAUAUUGUACUUACAACACAAUUGUAGAUUAUUUUUUUUAUUAAAUUAUGCACGACUGUUAUUUUAUACAAUACGUCCUAAUAUUGUUAAGUUAAACACACACCAAAAAAAAAAAAAAAAUACAAUUUUCAGCAAACAAAACUGCCGGAUUUCUUGACAAAUUUAUAUUUUGACUAGUACUAGCUUAUUAACUGUAUAUUUAUAAAGUAUUACAAUAUAAUUAUGUAUAAUUAUGUUUGCUAACUAAACAAUUAAAUUGCUGUGCCUUUAUGACUAGUCAUAUGAUUAAUAAUAUGUUUAUUAGAGUUAGCGAUAAAUGUUAUCUAUUAUAUUAGUAUGUUUAAACUGUAGAUCAAUAUUUUUACUAU